AUGGCCCUCGAAGUACCCCUCGACACCAAUCUAGGCCACGGAUUGUUCAUCCUUCACAACCCUGAAGCCGAUGACAUCAAGACAAUGAGAUCCAUCCUGAUGAAACCCACCGUCUUCGGAGCGGUCUAUGUAAAUGAACCAAAGAAAAUCAAAGGCUACUUCUUACUCGCCGUCGACCCCAAUAGCGACGAAGCCAUUGAACACUACAACGACCUAGCAGAGCAUUGUGACAUCGAAACCCUAACAGUGGGAACAGCCCUUGACAUCCUCUACAGCAAAAGACGCAAACUACUCAAGAACAGCACCAAAACGAUGUACCGCGAAUUACGAGCCUUGGCCAUCAAGACAUUAGACUGGCAGCUAUAA